AUGAAUAGAGGCGGAGGUGGCGGCAGUUCCCAGCGAUGCGUCUUUGUGGGCAAUAUUCCGUACGAUGCGACGGAGGAGCAGCUCACAGAGAUCUUUUCUAGCGUGGGGCCUGUCACCUGCUUCCGGUUGGUGUUCGACCGAGAGACGGGCAAGCCCAAGGGCUUCGGCUUUUGCGAGUACAGGGACACGGAGACGGCCAUGAGUGCCAUGCGCAACCUCAACGGCUACGACAUCAACGGCCGCGCGCUGCGA